AUGUUCUCUCUUUGUACUAAGAAUGGGUUUUUCUUGACGACCGAGGCUGCUAGUAGUAUCAUUUCAUCCUCUACAGUACAGGAAUUGCUCCAGACUGUGGUUGGCUAUGGACCUCUCGGGGCAGCAAUGAGAAGAAAUUUCAUCACAGAAUGGGAAUACUCAACUGUCUCCGCCAGCUCUGCUAAUGUACACCUGGUUCAUUCUCCUUUUAAUUUCGAAAUGGCCACACCCAAAAGUGUCGCUACAAAUUGGUUAAAAUUUUUAGAGUUUCCAUUGCCAUUUGGCUUGAGCUUUUACGCUAAUUCAUCAAACACGAGUAGUUUAUACAAUAGAGAGCAAUUGCAUUUAUAUUAUGUUUGUCCUUCGUUUGUGUCUCAAGAAUGGAUUAUUUUUUGGCAAAGGAGUCGAUUACAAUGGUGGAAGCAAUUUGCUUGUCGUCCUGAGAAUUUUGUAUUGGAUGAAAAAAAUUCCUACAUUAAAUUUAUUUUACCAAACACUGAGCUAAACCAGGAUUCAGAAUACAUUGUUAUUGAGAACAUAGAUACAUAUCAGCUUAAAAACAAGAGCGUCCUUCAUUUCAUGACUAGACUUGAUACAGGUUUAUGGAGUAUCUUGAGAGAUGCUUUCUUUGACAAUUACAGGCAAUGGACAGAUGAAUCACCAAUCAAUGCUUUGUUGAAAAUUCACAGAAGACUUGCUCCAAUCAAGUUAGCAUUUCUUCCUGAAGAGAAUGUACAAGACCAAGUAAUGUUCUGUGAUAAACUGGCUAGUGAACUUAACAUGAUUCCAAUCACUUCGAAAUCUUACAACGAAGGAUCACUAGAAUCAAGACUUGCAUAUCAAGAUGAGAUAGGCACUCCAAUGAGAGUGUUGAUAGAUGAUGGCACGAUCUCAAAUGGUGUCAUCACACUACAAGAUAGAGAUUCUGGAAUAUCAGAGCACAUUGGUUGUGACUCUCUUGUUCGUUGCAUGCAGAUAAUGCAUCAAAGAUACUAAGACAAAUCAU